AUGCCUGUCUCCUACUUCCUGCUUGCGGCCUCAGUAGCCCAAGCUCUUCGUUACGAUCCAGCAUACGCCGAAUACAACCUAAACACCAACCAACAAGCAGUCAGUCCCUUGGAUUAUUCUGGUGAUCGCGAUGGACAUACUUAUCACCCGUCUCCGGACAAUUGGAGGUUUCCUUUCUAUACUGUAAUGCUCGACAAGUGGGUAAAUGGUGACCCAUCCAACGACAACGCCAAUGACACUCUUUUCGAGCAAGACGUAUGGAGCACACAGCUUAGGCAUGGAGGCGACAUCCAAGGCCUGAUCGAUUCUCUGGACUACAUCCAGGGGAUGGGAAUCAAGGGAGUCUACAUUGCCGGAUCACCUUUCAUCAAUCAGCCAUGGGGAGCGGAUGGAUAUUCGCCAAUCGACCUGACCCUCCUCGAUGCUCACUUGGGCAACAUUAAAAUAUGGCAACAGGCGAUAGAUGACAUACAUUCGAGAGGGAUGUAUGUGGUAAUGGACAACACUAUGGCUACUUUGGGCGACCUUAUUGGCUUUGAAGGUCACUUGAAUGAUUCGGCCCCGUUCAAAACAGAUGAAUACAAGGUUUCAUACAAGACCGACAGACAGUACCACGACUUCGAUUUCGGCAACAACUACAACGAUACUUGCGACUACCCUCGAUUCUGGAACGAAACAGGUUUCCCUAUUGAUGACGCACAGCGCGCACAAUUCAAGGGCUGUUAUAAUUCUGACUUUGACCAGUAUGGCGAUACAGAGGCCUUUGGUUUCCAUCCAGACUACCAACGGCAGAUUACAAAAUUCGCCUCCGUGCAAGACCGUCUCAGAGACUGGGUACCUUCUGUCCGCCAACGGCUCGAGACAUUUUCUUGCAUGGUCAUCACCAUGCUCGAUAUUGACGGUUUUCGGUUCGACAAAGCUGCCCAAGUGACAGUAGACGCUCAGGGCAGCUUCUCCGCCGCAAUGCGUGACUGUGCAGCCAAAGUUGGCAAGAAAAACUUCUUUCUUCCGGGCGAGCUCACGCCCGGCAACAGUCUGAGCUCCAUCUACUACGGCCGGGGCAGGCAGCCAGAUCAACAACCUGAAGAUCUCCCGACGGCGAUGAACCUGACAGGAAAACAGAGCGAGGACAAGUUCUUCCUCCGCGAAAAGGGUCAAGGGGCUCUCGACUCAGCCGCUUUCCACUAUUCAGUGUAUCAUUUCCUCACGAGAUUCCUCGGAAUGAGUGGUAAUCUGGAGGCUGGUUAUGAUCUUCCGCUGGACUGGGUGAACGCUACGAACCAGAUGAUUCUUACAAACGAUCUGGUCAACGCAAAUACUGGCGAUUUCGACCCCAGGCAUAUGUAUGGUGUCACCAAUCAAGACAACUUCCGAUGGCCAGCAAUCACCCAGGGAGUCGAGAGGGAACUGUUGGGGUUCUUCAUCACGACGCUCUUUUUGCCCGGUAUCCCCUUGGUCUAUUAUGGCCAGGAGCAGAACCUCUACGUCAUGGACAGUACAGCAGACAACUACAUCUUUGGACGUCAACCGAUGAGCCCUGCGCCUGCGUGGAAGAUGCAUGGCUGCUACAGUCUAGGCAGCUCACAGUACAUCGAUUGGCCGAUAGAUCAGGGACGACGAGGCUGUGAGGACGACGAGGUUCCGCGCGACCACCGCGAUCCUAGCCAUCCAACACGAAGUGUCCUGAAAGCCAUGUACGCCAUGCGAGAGAAUUAUGAAACGCUCUCGGAAGGUUGGCUAGUACAACAGCUUGCAAACCAGACUGACUUGACUCUUCUGAAUGGGAGCACGACACCUACUGAACGCGGCAUCUGGAGCGUUGCCCGAGCAUUCUUCCCGACUGUCCAAGGGCAGUUUGCCUCAGACCCAGUCUGGUUCGUCUACCACAACCGCGAUUCAGAGACAAAAUACAGUUUUGACUGCAGCAAGAACGAGACGGGGUUCUUUGCUCCCUUUGACGCCAACGCUGAGCUCAAGAAUCUGUUCUAUCCAUACGAUGAGAUAGAGCUCAAGGGCUCGCCGAAAUAUUUUGGCUUUGACGGCUCAGAGAAGGCCAGCGGUUGUCUGGACGAGAUCACAAUGGCCCCUUUCGAAUACCGAGCUUACGUGAAAAAGGCUGACUGGAAAGAGGCGCCUCCGAUGAUCACCAAGUUCACACCCGGCCAUGAUAUUUCAGUCGAUUCAGCAGAUGCCAAGGGGCAAUUCAAUGUCAGCUUCUCCUUCUCGCAAGAGAUGGAUUGUGAUGGCGUGACGGAGUCAGUCACCAUUUCCUCGCUUGUAGAGGGGAAUGCUGGCAACGCUGAGAUCGACAAUACCACCGUCAAAUGCACCACUCUUUCUGACGAUCAAAAACCACCUUACAUCGGUGCAAUUGGCUCGAAAUGGAGCUGGUCUGCGACGCUACAGAAUGCUCAAGACGGUGUUCAUUCGAUCAUUGUCAAGGACGCUGCCACAAAAGAUGGGGAAGACAGCACAAACUCCACUGACAAGUUCUUGCUACGAGUCGGCUCAGUCGAUAACCCUGUUGUGUGGCCUAUGACUGCGAACUAUUCGACCUCGCUCUUCACGAAGUCUGGAAGCGACUUCUUCGUGAACCACAAUGCCGCAGGCGCCUCUUCAUGGCGAUACUCGACAAAUUGGGGCUCGUCCUGGAGUAAUUGGCAGCCAUACACAGGCGGCAAGCAAAAGGUUGAGAAGCUUCCUUGGAAGGGAACUUCCGCACAGGCAUGGUCCAAAGAUCAUGUGAUGGUCCAAUAUCACUCCUCUCCUCUGGGAUCGAGCAGCAUCAUUCAACAAGGCGACGUGGCACCAGACUCCGGCAGCCGGCUGGUCCGUAGGGACACUACCACAUCCGCCAGUCGAUUUCCUCAUCUCUUCGUCAUGGGAGGUUUCAAUCAAUUUGGCUUCGAUGCGGGUAUCCACAACAAGAUGUCCGUCAAUGGCGACGGCGAUUGGGAAAUGCACUUGAUGGACGAGUGGCCGUCGCAAAUUCAGCUCAAUGUCUGGGGUAUGAACCCUGAUGGCCAGCCAGACCAGACCUACAUCCUCGGUGAUGUGGACAACGACGGUGUUGCGGAUCGGCUUGCGCCGACCGCUCUGACGCCCAACUUCUUCAACAUCUCUUCAACUCCACCAGGCUCGGCACUCAGCUACAAGCUGCGUUUUGACGACAACACCCUCAAGUUUGUGGUGGAGCCCCAAGGUAACUGGUGGCUCCAAAUCAUUUUAUUCAUUCUUCUUGCUGUGCUCCCAAUUGCGGGGGGUCUCUUUGCCAUUUGGACGUUCAUGGGCUCGUUCUACAAGGUGAAGGUGAACAAGAUCGGCUUCAAGCGCCGCGGCAGAUCGCCCUUUGGGAGGGCCGCAAACCGACUAUCAAGCCUUUCCUUCGAGGACUUCCGAAAGCCUCGUGACAGCAUGGAGAUGAGCGAUGUUGGGGCUGGUGCUGUAGCUAUUAAGCGACGCACAGUUGUCAUUGCGACCAUGGAAUAUAAUAUCGACGAUUGGAACAUCAAGAUCAAGAUCGGUGGCCUCGGCGUGAUGGCUCAGCUCAUGGGCAAGGCGCUCGAGCAUCAGGACUUGAUCUGGGUAGUCCCUUGCGUCUCGGGGAUAGAAUACCCAAUAGAUCAGCGGGCGGCUAGUUUCUUCCCUGUGAUCAUGGGUAAGGAGUAUGAGGUGGAAGUCCAGUAUCACCGUGUGAACAAUAUCACUUAUGUGCUGCUGGAUGCGCCCAUCUUCCGGAAGCAAUCGAAAGCAGACCCUUACCCGCCGAGAAUGGAUGAUAUGGAAUCCGCUAUUUAUUACAGCGCCUGGAACUACUGCAUUGCGGAAACAAUGAGACGCUUCCCUGUUGAUCUUUACCAUAUCAACGAUUAUCAUGGAGCUGCAGCACCCUUAUACCUCCUUCCCGAACGGACUAUUCCCGUCUGUCUCUCUCUUCACAACGCCGAAUUUCAAGGACUUUGGCCCAUGCGCACGCCAGAAGAGAGUAAGGAAGUGUGCUCAGUGUACAAUCUCGAUCCGGAGAUUGUCAAGGAAUACGUGCAGUUCGGAUCUGUCUUCAACCUCCUUCACGCGGGAGCCUCUUAUCUCCGUGUGCAUCAGAAAGGGUUCGGUGCUGUCGGUGUUUCGAAGAAGUAUGGCGAUCGGUCAUAUGCACGAUAUCCUAUCUUCUGGGGCCUGUCCAAGAUCGGCCAAUUGCCUAAUCCCGAUCCAACAGACGACUCGCAGUACAAUAUCUCAGAGCCCACUAUCGACCAAGAAUUUGAGUCUAAGCGCGGUGAGCUUCGCCAGCAAGCCCAAGAAUGGGCUGGCCUAGAGGUCGACCCUACGGCCGAACUGUUCGUCUUCGUCGGGCGAUGGAGUCUCCAGAAAGGUGUAGACCUUAUUGCUGACAUCUUCCCGUCGAUCUUGGAAAAGCACCCCAAGACUCAGUUGAUUUGCGUUGGACCUGUCAUCGAUCUCUAUGGGAAAUUCGCCGCCCUUAAGCUGGCCAAGCUUAUGGAGAAGUACCCAAAAAGAGUUUAUAGCAAGCCAGAGUUUACAGCUUUGCCUCCGUACAUAUUUAGCGGGGCUGAGUUUGCUCUCAUACCUUCACGAGACGAACCAUUCGGGCUUGUGGCCGUUGAGUUUGGCCGUAAGGGAGCUCUCGGUGUUGGCGCUCGUGUGGGUGGUCUCGGACAGAUGCCUGGGUUCUGGUAUACGAUCGAAUCAACCACUCCACGCCAUCUGCUUCACCAGUUCCGCGGAGCCAUCGUGUCGGCCUUGGAAUCUAAGACGAAGGCUCGCGUCCAGAUGAGGGCCUGGUCAGCCAAGCAACGCUUUCCCGUCGCACAAUGGCUUCAAGACCUUGAGAAGCUACAGUCCGAGGCAAUUCGCCUCCACAACAAGGAGGCUCGAAAGAGCAAGCGGAUUACCAGCGGUCCAUUGUUGACUGUUCCCUCGAAUAUCGACCUGGCAGCGGCUAACGAGAGGCUUUUCGAUGACACUGAACCAACGCCUCCGCCGUCGGCUUUCGUGUCCCGAGCUGUCAGUCCCCGUGGAUCACGAGCCUCAAGCUUUUCCCUUCCCCACUUCGCCACUCGAGGGGAAUCACCAGCAUCAUCACCACCAAUUCCAGGUCGCGGAAUCCGGUCACGCUCAACCUCGCGGCCUACUCCACCACCACUGAUCAACGAGCCCGAACCAGAUGCCACCGGCCGUCUUCUCCCGCCCAACCCCUUCUACGCUGCUGAAGACUCUGAGAACCGCUCAUCUUCUGAUAGCCUAGCUACUAUGACCACCGCGGUGAACACAGCUGGAGACAAUAAUGCUCGCCAGAACGCGUACCGCGACCUCGUUGGGGAGGGCCCCUAUCAUGAUCAUGCUCCAGCGCGUGAAAGCGUUGACACCUUCGCAUUUCGCAUCAUGGCGCCCGAUAGCACCACGCAAUCGCAACCGAGGGCAAACUCGAGCAAUCUGGCUGUCACUGGUGGCUUGACACAUCACCGCAACAGCUCACGUCUGUCAGUCAUCGAUGUUGUGGGUGACAGGACUGACUACAAGCUGCAGAAGGUUGACCCCUUCUUCAAUGACAGCACUGGAGAGUACUACCGCGACUUCGAGCAGAAGCUUGGAGGUCUCACGGUUAAAAACAGUGAGAACGAGCUUUGUAUUGAGGAGUACCUCACCAAGUCAGAGAGGGAAUGGUUCAAGAGGUUCAAGGAAGCGAAGCUGGGCCGGUCUCGAAGCCCGAGUGCCAGCCGCCCAUCGCCUAGUGUCUUGUCUUCGAAUCGAUCCCCUAGGGCAGUGAGCUACAAUAGCAUCGCACCCAGUGACGAAGAUGAUGUAGGUGAUGAGGAUUAUAUGAGAAAUUCGGACCCUGAUCGAGACGACGAGUUCCUCUUGGGUAGGGGCUACAAACCACCCAAGGGCCUCAAAAAGCUCCUUCAGAUCCGUUUCGGUGACUGGCCGAUCUACUCAUUCUUCCUGGCACUGGGCCAGAUCCUUUCAGCAAACAGCUAUCAGAUCGUCCUUUUGACAGGAGAGGUGGGACAGACAGAGACGAAACUGUACGCUGUGGCAGGAACCUACGGCAUAACCUCUAUCCUUUGGUGGCUCAUCUACCGGCGGUUCCAAUCCCUAUACACUCUGUCCCUGCCCUGGUUCUUCUACGGCCUCGCCUUCCUCCUCAUCGGCAUCUCACCGUUCAUCUCAGCUGACAGUGGCCGCGGAGUGGUGCAGUCGCUCGCCACGUGCCUCUACGCAGCUGGCGCGUCGACCGGCAGCAUCUUUUUCGCAGUGAACUUUGGCGACGAGGGCGGCUCCCCAAUCAGCACGUGGAUCUUCCGCGCAUGUAUCAUCCAGGGCAUCCAGCAGCUGUACGUCGUCGCGCUGUGGUACUGGGGCUCGGUCCUCAGCAUCCAGGACGGCUCGGGGACCAUCAACGGCAACGUCGCCGGCAGCUCUGUCCCUGUGGUCCUCGUCAUAACCGUGCCGAUUGCUAUUAUCAUGUGGCUUAUCGGGAUCGUCCUCUUCGUGGGGCUCCCAGAUUACUACCGCCAGUCUCCGGACUACAUCCCCAGCUUCUACAAGUCCCUGAUGCGCCGGCACGUCGUCCCGUGGUUCUUCCUCGCGGUGGUGAUCCAGAACUACUGGCUCAGUGCGCCGUACGGCCGGAACUGGCAAUUCCUCUUCUCCUCGAAGUACAUACCAGGCUGGUCCGCCGUGCUCCUCGCCGUCGGCUUCUUUGUCAUCGUGUGGGCGCUGCUGCUCUGGAUAUUCUCCAAGUUCAGCUUGAGCCACCCUUGGAUCGUGCCCAUGUUCUCGGUUGGUCUUGGGGCGCCGCGAUGGGCUCAGAUGCUCUGGGGCACCUCAGGAGUGGGGCUUUACCUCCCCUGGCUCGGCAGUGCGGUGGCCUCUGCGAUUGUCUCAAGGAUCUUAUGGCUCUGGCUCGGUGUCCUGGAUACCAUACAGGGCGUUGGUGUGGGGAUGGUACUGUUGUUGACUUUGACCAGGCAGCACGUGGCUGCUACGCUUAUCGGUGCUCAGAUUCUUGGUAGUAUCGCUACCAUAGUGGCGAGGGCCACGGCGCCGGACAAGCUUGGUCCAGGAGAUGUUUUCCCUGAUUUUUCUGCGGGCAUUAUGCCAGGGAUUGGCAAAGCGUGGUUUUGGGUUGCGUUGAUUAUGCAAUUGAUCAUUCCGUUUGGAUACUUCAAGUUCUUCCGGAAGGAGCAAGUGGCCAAACCUUGA